UGUCAAGCGAGAGGCGCCAUAACACAGUUCGGCGCUUGUGGAACAGGACGCAAAUCGUGCUUGCAUUACAUACUAAAAAAAGAAAAGCCAAACCAAUUGUUCCUACCAGCAGCUAUAGAAUCUAAUUCAACAUGUCCGGCAUCGCAGCAUCGAGACUUGGUGAGGAACGCAAAGCCUGGCGUAAGGACCAUCCAUACGGAUUCGUGGCCCGCCCAGUGAAGAACAUCGAUGGUUCGCUGAAUCUGAUGACAUGGGAGUGUGCCAUUCCCGGAAAGAAAGGAACAGCCUGGGAAGGAGGACUGUACAGACUGAAGAUGAUUUUCAAAGAUGACUACCCGACUAGCCCCCCAAAGUGCAAGUUCGAACCGCCGUUGUUCCACCCGAACGUGUAUCCUUCCGGCACGGUCUGUCUGUCGCUGUUGGACGAGGAAAAAGAUUGGCGUCCAGCGAUCACCAUAAAACAGAUCCUGCUGGGCAUUCAGGAUCUGCUAAACGAGCCGAACAUUAAGGACCCUGCACAGGCAGAAGCGUACACGAUCUAUUGCCAAAACCGACUGGAGUAUGAGAAGCGUGUGCGUGCUCAGGCUAGAGCCAUGUCGGCCACGGAUUGAAACGAAGGGAAAUAAAUUUAUUGGAUUAUAAACCAACGUAA